AUGCCCUCUUUGUUUGUGUACGUAGAAGUGAAAGACUACAUACCGGAUGCAUGGGCAGACCUCACUCAUGCACUAUCCAAUCCUAUAAAGGCUUUCAAAGCAAAUGAGAAGUCAUCAAUAAAGAUGAACAACAAACCAUUGCCUGCUGAUGUGAAAUCCAACAGUCCUCAAUCAAAUGGCAUUGGUGGUUCUGGCAGAGCAUCCGUUAAAUUAAUACAGAAUGGUCCUCAAGGGUCUUUGGGAACUGGAAAAGCAGAUGCUUUGAACGAAGCAGCAGAACCAGAAACCAUGAAUCAAGAUGAACUUCAGAAACAGAAGAGCUUCUUGAAGCUUCAGAAGAAGCAAGAGAAAGACCUAAAAGAGCUGGAACGAAAAGGA